GCAUCAGCGAAAGAAAAUGAGCAGGGUGAGAUUCAGGUGCGCCUUUCGCUUUACUGGCGGCCAAGCGAAGCCAAACCGUCUCGGCGACGGCGUCUUUUAACUGCCGAAGUGUUCCGCACCGCAUGUGGCCAGACGAUUUCGCCUAAUCUUAUAGCCGGCAAGUGCAUUGUUUUGCCGAUCACUCAAUUUAUCCGAACAUGCGCCAAGCGUUGGGGUCUGCCCACUCCUUUCGGCGUCGAGUUUGAGGAACGUAUGACACCUUUUGUGCCUACUCGUCUUCCACCCAGUGAGCCACUCGAAUGCGCUCUCGAACAAGUUGAUGUCAAGGCAUUUGCUGACAUGACUUUCCCUAUUUCUCGACCUCAUCACGUGAGUCUCUUAUGUUAA